AUGGCUGGAGAUUCCUGGACCCCCUCUGGGACGCCCCCGCAGCUUGUCGUGGCGCUCUCCUGCCUGCUCCUGAGUUGUAGCGCGCUGCAGGGACUGGUACCCUCUCCGGAGAAUGAGCCAGAGACGCAACCGGUGUUCUACCUGCCUGCCUGGGGAGCACUUGAUGGCAGCAGCCAGGGGAGCCCCAGCGUCUUGAUUGCCAACCCUGGGCUCCGGGUGCCCCUGGGCCGCUCCCUUUGGCUCGACCCACACCGGGACCUGGAGAUUCGAGUGCAGCCGGGAGACCGAUGCGAGGUAACGGUGCUGGACGUCCUGCCGCGGUUCCAAGGCUCGCUCUCCCCUCGCCGCUUCCCCUGUGCCUUUGGGGCUCGCCAGGUCCAGUACACGCACUUCGGCUCGCGCAGCCCCCGACGCGCCCGGGUGCGGCUGCAGCUGCGCUACGACGCCGGGACUUACGCGCUGGUGCUGCCCUUCACGCUGGCGGUGGACGUGGUUUUCUCCCAGCUGGAGCUGGUGACGCGCAACAGGCCUUUGACGGUGUUCACAUUGCGGGGACAGAGCCGUGCCAUUGAUAGGACAGUGCUGGACUUUGCCUCCUCCAAGUCAGGAGUCGCGGCCACCCGUAGGUGCCGGCUCACCCCUCUUCCUCACCGGGAUGACCCAUGGCCGAGGUACGGGUGCUUGGUGGAUGCCUCGGGGGAUCCCCUCCCCAGGGCCAGGCCCGUAGACUGUGAGGCGUUUGUGGGAGCUGGAGUGCGCUACCAGCACACCCCCACCACCUCCUCGCCCAACCGGGACUAUGUGCCCAUGAUGGUGGAGCUGCUAGGGCGAGAAGACCCAGAUGCUGGCUCAGUGAAGGUGCUGGCCCGCGAGCACUUCCACCUGCUAGUGAGAAUCCAGAAGGGAGCCAAGAACAGGGCGCCCAGGCCCAGCUUAGUGGCCCUGAUGAUGGCGGAAGUUGAUCAGUUGGUGUUAACCGCCCUAACACCAGAAGCACUGGCAGCCGAGGACAUUGAGUCAGACCCCGAUGACCUGGUCUUCAACAUCCUCAGCCCCCACAGUCCCCCCGGGCACCCGAACCAGCAGGGCUAUGUGGUCAACACUGACGACCCCCUGGGACUUCCAGUCUCCUCCUUCACUCAGCAGGAGCUGCGGGAGCUAAAAAUUGCCUAUCAGCCCCCUACGGAGAGCUCUGAUGGGGACCGGAUCUUCCAGCUGGAACUGGAAGUAGAGGACGAAGAGGGUGCUACCUCAGACCCCUUUGCCUUCAUUGUAGUAGUGAAGUCCAUGAAUGCCCUGGCCCCCGUGAUUAGCUGUAACAGAGGAUUACUGCUUUUUGAAGGUCAGUCAAAGCCGCUGUCCAGUACCCACAACCUUCAGAUAAGUGACGGAGAUAACCUGGAAAGGGUGAAAUUGGCUGCAGUCAGAGGCUUGAGACAUGGACAUCUGGUGGUACUUGGGGUACCUGCAGAGAGCAAGUAUUUCACACCAGUGGACCUGGCAAUGGGGCGAGUGGUGUACCAGCAUGAUGGUAGCGACACCUACAGUGACAACAUAAUCUUCCGCGUGGAGGAUGGGCACCAUCAGGUAGAAUUCCUCUUCCCCCUCACCAUCAUACCUGUGGAUGAUGAACCACCAGUGGUCAGUGCCAACACAGGACUCUCACUGACCAAAGGGCAGGUGGUCCAAAUCUCCCCCUUUGUCCUGAGUGCCAAGGAUAUUGAUUCUGAGGACUCAACCAUCCACUUUGUGCUGGAAGACCAACCUCUGGAGGGAAAAGAGAAAGAAUGGGAUCUAGCCUCUGGCUCCUCAAGUCAGUACCUUGGGGAGAUGCUGCUGCAACAGGCUGAACCACCUAUGACCCCUCUAGAUGACUGGUACUAUGUGAAAGAAGAAGGACUUUAUGAGAAGGUUGUGACUGAGUGGCUUCAGAAAGACAUAACAGAAGGGAAACUCUUCUUCCGCCAUCUUGGACCACACAGCCCUCAAUCUGCAAUGGUACAACUGCCUUUCCAUGUGCAGGAUGACCAUGACCCACCCAAUCUAUCCAAGCAGUACUUCUUCACCAUAAAUAUCCUGCCAAUGGAUAUACGGAGUCCAGAACUGUAUCCAGGAACUACCUUGGAAAUGACUGUACAAGAAUAUCAGCUCACUUACUUUCAGAAGAAAUUCCUCCAAUACAUUGACCAGAACUCAGAUGACCGAAAACUUUGGUACACCCUACUGACACUCCCAACCGACACAGAUAGCAACCGCCAAGUCCAGGCUGGCGAAAUUGUGCUCACGGAUUCACCAGACACUCCCAUCAUGCACUUCACCCAGGCCCAGGUGAAUCACCACAAGAUUGCUUACCAGCCCCCACAGGAGAAGCUGGGUAUUGCACCAAGGGUUGUGCAGUUUGCCUACCAGGUGGAAGAUGCUGCAGGCAAUAGUGUACCAGGCACAUUCACAUUACUCCUGCAGCCUUUGGACAAGCAGCCUCCAGAAGUCACCAACAGAGGCUUUGCUAUCUUAGAGGGAGACAGCUUUAUCCUUAGCAGUAAUGAGCUGGAUGUUACAGAUCCUGACACAGAUAUUGACCAAAUUUUCUUCACAUUAGUCUGGGGUCCCCAACAUGGACUCUUGAAGUACUUUAAAAAAUGUAUGGUCCCAGGGAACUCUUUCGUGAGAGCUGAUAUUAUUAAUGGGAGUGUCUCUUACCAGCAUAUGCAAGACUGGAGUACCAGUGAUAUCAUCCAUCUGGAGGUAAGUGACGGGGUACACAGUGUACCCAUCACUGUCCAGAUUUCUGUACGUCCCACUGUAGCUAACAAAAGUCCCAGCAUCUCUAUCCCAGGUAGUCCAUUUUUAGAUAUUUCCAUCAACGUACUGGAGAAUAAAGCCACAGAAAUCACCUUGGGUGUUAUUGAUGGCAGAAAGGACAUGAACAACUCAAUGCUGUCUUUCAUUGUGGAGAAUGGUCCCAAAUUAGGCAUCAUUCUGAUGAAUGGUUUGCCCACAGAACAGUUCACCCUAGAGAACCUCAUCAGUGGGGCAGUGGCCUAUGUCCACACUGGAGGUGAAGUUGGUUUCCAAAAGCAGCUUGAUGUCUUCAGCCUCGUCCUCUCCAAAGAUUCUUAUCGCUGGUCAGUGGGGGACAGCAUCAUUGAGAGGGUGCAGGUUCAAGUGACUGUGCUUCCAGUGGACAAUGUGGCCCCCAAGGUCUUGGUAGGGGAGUCCUUCAUUGUCUAUGAAGGUGAGAAGUUCCCCUUAACCUUGCAACAUCUCAAGAUUGCAGAUGUGGACACUCCCCAGGAUGAAAUCCUGUGCACAAUAAUUGGUCAGCCAGCCUCUGGUUACCUGGAAAACAUUGCACCAGCUCCUGGUUCAGAAGUGUCACGGGUUGGUAGCCCCAUCAGUGCCUUCUCCAUCAGGGAUGUUCAAGUGGGGCAUAUCAAUUAUGUACAGAGUAUCCACAAAGGGGUCGAGCCACAGGCAGACAAAUUCACCUUGUAUUGCUCUGAUGGCAUCAACUUCUCCCCGAAAGUCUUCCUCCCUGUAAUCAUCCUACCUACCAAUGACGAGCAGCCUGAAAUUUUUGCCCAAGAGUUCGUGGUGUUAGAGGGGAUGAGCUUGGUCAUAGACACCCUGCUGCUCAAUGGAGCAGAUGCUGACCUGCCACCAAAUGAACUCCACUUUCAACUCACAGCCCUCCCUCGGCAUGGACGAAUCAUACAGCAGCUGACCACAGGCAACCAGCCCAUCCACAGCUUCACCUUACAGGAGAUCCAGGAGGCCUCCACCAUUGUGUAUGAGCAUGAUGACUCAGAGACCACAGAGGACAGCUUUGAGGUCUGGCUGAGUGAUGGCAAGCACACCACCCACAAGAGGGUCCCCAUUGUGGUGAUCCUGGUGAAUGAUGAAACCCCACAACUGACCAUCAACAAGGGGCUGGGAAUAGAGAUUGGACACUCUAAGAUCAUCACAAAUCAGGUCCUCAAGGUCACAGAUCUUGACUCAGAUGAUAAGAGUCUCAGUUUCGUCCUCCAUUCUGGACCGCAGCAAGGACUUCUACAGCGACUAAGAAGGCCCAGAGGAGAAGUGAGGAACAACCUCACUCUGGGGAUGAACUUUACCCAGGAUGAAAUUAACAGAGGCCUCAUCUGUUACACCCACACAGGCCAAGAAGGGGUUGUUGAUCUUUUCAAGUUUGAUGUGACUGAUGGGGUUAACCUUCUGAUAGACCGCUACUUCUAUGUCACCAUUGGCAGCUUAAAUGGGGUCUUCCCUGAGGUGGUCAACAAAGGCGUCACUUUAGGGGAAGGGAGCAGAGUGACCCUUACCACUGAACUGCUCAACACCAGUGACAUCCACAGUCCUGGUGAACAGCUUCACUUUAGCAUCACAGUGGCUCCUCGCCUGGGUCACUUGGAAAGCUCUGACCAUCCCAGGAAGCCCAUCGUCUCUUUCACUCAGCUGCAAUUGACUGGAAGCAAAAUAUCUUAUGUUCACACUUCAGUUGAUGGGCUAAAGAUGGAUGGUUUUGAGUUGAGAGUGACUGAUGGACACAGCCCUGUGUUCAGAACCUUCAGGAUCUUCAUCACGGAGCUGGACAGUAAGAAACCUAUCUUGACCAUCUAUAAACUAACACUCCAGAGAGGAGAGAGCAAACUGAUCACGCCUUUUGAGUUGACAGUGGAAGACAAGGAUACCCCAGAUGAUCUUAUUCUUUUUACCAUCAUCCAGGUUCCCACCCAUGGCAAGAUCUUGUAUAAUGGUAGCCGUCCUGUGACCACGUUCACCAAGCAAGACCUGAACGAGAAUCUGAUUAGCUACUGUCACGAUGGCAGUGUGACCCCUGAAGACAGUUUCUCCUUGACUGUGACGGAUGGCACUCACACUGACUUCUAUGUCUUCCCAGAUACUGCCCUAGAGACACACAAACCCCAGGUAAUGAGGAUUCAGAUAAGCUCCAGAAACAACAGUCAGUUUGCCACUGCACCGCAGAUUGCCAUAAACAGGGGUGCCUCGGCCUUGAAGCACCUUCACACCGGACACAUGGGCUUCCUCCUUACCAACAAGUCUCUAAAGGCAGAAGAUCAGGGCAGUCCCCACAGACUCCUAAAAUAUAAAGUCACCAAAGGACCAAAGAAUGGCUUCCUCAGCAACACUGGCCUUGGAGACAAGAGCACUCGCAUAUUUACACAAGCUGACAUUGAUGAGAUGCAGAUCUACUACAUCUUGAAUGAAGGCAGCAGGGCCACAGAGGACAUCUUCUACUUCUCUGUUGAAGACAAUGGAGGAAAUAAACUGACAAACCAGCCUUUCCACCUAAACUGGGCUUGGAUCUCUCUGGAGAAAGAGUACUACAUUGUGGACGAAGACUCUGGGUUCAUAAAAGUGACCCUCCAGCGCAGAGGCUACCUCGGAGGAACAUCCUUCAUCAGCAUUGGAACCAAAGAUGAAACGGCAAAGAAAGAUAAAGAUUUUAAAGGACAGGCCCAUCAACAGGUCCGGUUCAACCCAGGACAGACUACAGUCACAUGGAAGGUGAGAAUUAUACCGGACAAUGAGUAUGAGGCCUCGGAGACUUUCCAGAUCAUUCUGUCAGAACCUGGCAUGGCUGCACUGGAGUUUCCAGAAAUGGCAACAAUUGAAAUCGUGGACCCUGGAGAUGAAUCAACAGUCUAUAUUCCUGAGGCAGAAUAUAAAACCCAGGAGAGCGCCGGGGAGCUUUUGAUUCCUGUGAGACGGUCUGGAGAUGCAAGUCGGGAACUCAUGGUCAUUUGCUCAACUCAUCCAGGUUCUGCCACAGGCUCCAUUCCGUCCACGGCCUUGUCUUCCUCUGACUACGUCUCACGACCGGAAGACCACACCAGCAUCCUCCUCUUUGACAAAGAUGAGACGGAGAAGAGCUGCCGGGUUCUCAUCAUCGAUGACUCCCUCUAUGAAGAGGAAGAAUCCUUCAGCGUCUCACUGAGCCUGCCGGUGGGAGGGCAGCUGGGACCCACAUUCCCCACCACCAAGGUGCUCAUCCUGGCUGAUGCUGAGGAUGAGCCUGCCCUGCACUUUGGGGAUGCAGAGUAUCGCGUUGAUGAAAGCGCUGGCUACGUGGAGGUAGGCGUCAGGAGAACAGGUGCCGAUCUUUCCCAGGCAUCAUCCGUCACUGUGAGCUCGAGGAAGACCAAGCAGAAGCCAGCAGAAGCUGGAGUCGAUUAUGUGGGUGUCAGCCAAAGAUUGGACUUUGCCCCAGGAGUGCGCAUGCAGACAUUCCGAGUGACCAUCCUUGAUGACCUGCGACAGCCCAUCUUGGAGGGUCCAGAGAGGUUUGAAUUACUUCUCCAGGUGCCUACUGGUGCAGUGCUUGGAGAACCCAAUAAAACCACCGUUAUCAUCAACGACGGUGUCACUGACUAA